AUGAUCACCUCUGUUGAUGCCCAUAACAGCAAAAAGUCUAGUGGAGGCGGAGUGCUAAUUGCCGUCAAGUCGAAUCUCUCAGCGCAGCUCAUCGACGAUAAUUCCUGGUGCGACCUGGAACUUGUGUGGACUCGCAUCGAUCUUGGAGAUCGGAAACUGUACGUUUGCGUACUGUAUUUGCCGCCCGACCGCUCUAGAGAUGUUGCCCUAGCUGAGUCGUUUUCACGCUGCAUCUCAAAAGUAAGCUCUUCUUGCGCCCCGGAGGAUGACAUACUCGUCAUAGGCGAUUUUAAUAUGCCCGGUUUGAAGUGGUGCUCCAACCAUGGUAGCUUUCUGUACCCGGAUCCUGCUCGUUCUACCUUUUCGACUCCUUCGAACAUCAUAUUAGACUACCUGAGUACAGCGACCUUGCGUCAGAUCAACAGCGUGGUGAACGAAAACGGUCGUAUGCUGGACCUUUGCUUUGCCAACGAUGGGUCUCGUAUACCGACCAUUGAAUUAGCUCCUGCACCGCUCGUUAAAGCAGUUCCACAUCAUCCUGCUCUAUCGGCCUCACUUGAAGUAACUAAGUUGAACGCUCGUGUUGUAAAUUUACCAGCUUUUCACCUCGACUAUAAGAAAGCGAACUUCGAUGACAUUUCUCGCAUCUUGGCCACCAUCGACUGGGCAUCGGAGCUCGAUUUAUCGGAUCCUAACUCUGCUGCAGAAACCUUCUCGCAUAUCCUGAACUAUAUAAUUGAUCGUCAUGUGCCUAAACGUACUAUCAGAGAAAAUCUACGAACUCCCUGGGUUACGACUGAAUUGCGACGACUGAAAACGGAAAUAGAUGUGCGCUUCGAAAUUAUAACGAACAAAAAUCUCCUUACACCAAGUAUAUAUAUCGGAAGCUUAAUUCGGCUUAUAAAAAAGCCAGCAAACGUUGUUACCAGAACUACCUUCGCCGAGUACAACGUAACCUCAAAUCCUGCCCAAAAUCAUUUUGGAAACACCUUCCACAUUCGUAUCGCAUCACUCGGAGAAUUCAGUCGCGUUUUCAAGUGUCCCGAUCUUCGCGAACUGCUGAAAGUGAGUGUGAUCCCGUCCAGUGAAUCCGGGUAUUUGUGCCGUUCGGACGGUAACAACGGUGUUUUGUGCCACGACAAUAGUUUCCUGCCAAAGGCUGACCAACGGAGAACCACGUGGUUGGAGCAGUCUAUAUACACUGUAAAAAAUAUAGUUCCAAAAAGUGCUAAAAUAAUUUAUCCCCUGGAGAUAUCGUAUCUGGUACUUAGUCAGCCGACUCUGUACCACUCCCAGCGUGCCAACAAGCUAAGGAGCAGCAUCCUGAAACAGCAGUCUGACAUUGUAAAACUGAACGAACAGCAGAGCGCCAUCACCACCGGAAGUCAACCUCCGAAUGUGCACCUUUCGCAUGAGCUGUUCGAGGACCACGAGGGCUCCUGGGCCAUCACACCGAUCCUGAGAAGGCUACGGGCCAGCAUCCUCCGGACGACCUCAUUUCAAACCCGCUGGCUCAUCAUCUGCGAGGAAAAUAGCCACGUAAACGUCAGCCUAUUAGUGCACCAUUUGGCAAAAGAGGAUUAUCGGCAGGACCUCUUUCUCGGAUAUCCGCUGUACGACCGCGAGGCUACCAUUAUUCAUCACUUUGCAUUUUUCAAAAAUCCAUCAAGCUUCCUUUAUCCGUAUCUGCGGGCGGGAAUCGCCCUUUCCAUUCCGCUGGUGGAUCACCUGUGCCAGCUUCUGUCGGCAGCCGGAACUAAGCUGACCGAAUUCUUCAUCGAUGCUGGCCACGAGUUUGCCCUGCUGGUUUGGAAUGGCGGAACCGGUCAGCCGCUAUCUUCCCGGUCCUUCUUUUGCGCCCAUCGACGUCCCAGCCAGGGAUGCGCCAUCAUGGCCGGAGCCGCCCUAAUGGAACCAGGUCGACCAACGAAGGAAGAAUUCGAAACCGCGAGUAGCUGUAGCAUCGUUUCCAGAACGAAAUCAACAAGUAACAGAUCCAUCCGUCCCUUUGGUCAGGGUAGCAUAAUAUUCGCUGUUAAAACCUGCCAAAAGUUUCACGAGGACCGGGUACCGGUACUUUUGAACACCUGGGCCAAAUACGUUCAGCACCUCCGACUGUACAGCGAUAUUAGUGAUGCCAGCAUUCCGACUGUGGGGAUUCCAAUACCGAACACAAGUGCUGGACACUGUGCGAAAACAUUGGAAAUCAUUCGGCUCAUUGGAGAGGAAAUUUCACAGAACGCCAGCUUGUCAGACGUCAAAUGGAUCAUGCUGGUGGAUGACGAUACAAUUUUGAGUCCUUCGGCUUUGCUUCGAUACCUGGGCAACUUUAACCCCAAUCAGGAUCUAUACAUCGGCGAACGGUACGGUUACCAUUUGGUCUCUAGGGAGGACUAUUUGGACCCGGACGAAAGCGGUCGACACCGACAUCAUCAUCAUCAUCAUCAGGGCUACAACUACAUCACCGGUGGUGGCGGAAUAAUCAUUGGUGUGAAAAUACUUGACGCAUUGCUGCGGUGGUGCGAAUGUCCUUCCGCAUCCUCACCGGACGACAUGAUCCUGGCGGCUUGUCUAUUCCAGCUGGGUGUUCGGCCGAUUCAUUCGCCGCUCUUCCAUCAGGCCCGGCCCUCCGAUUACGCACCGGAAGUUCUGGCGGCAGACCGGCCGGCCAUCGUCUCCUUCCACAAACACUGGCAAAUCGAUCCCUAUCAGGUGCGUUAA